AUGAAGCGUAAAUCAGACGGGGGCAAUAAAAAACCUUUUCAGAGGAAAAAGACUGAAUUGGUAUUCGAUCCCCAAAAGCGGAUAGAGUUUCUGACUGGAUUUCACAAACGCAAGCAGCAUCGCCGAAAAAUAGCUCAAGGAGAAAUGCAACGAAAGCUUAAAGAAGAAACGAAAAGGAUACGUACAGAGGCGAAAGAAAAAAUGCGUAAUCUAUACCAUACGUACAAGCCUAUUCCGGAGCUGACGGAAGAGGAUAAGGCAGACGAACAAGAGGAUGAGUACGAUACGGAAAAUGUUACAGUAAAGGUAGUGGAACUGUCUACCCGGGAUCUGGCAAAGGAAAAUAAUUGGAUAGGUGAAAAUCGUGGUAUAGCGGAGCAAGAUGAAGAAUCAGACCCCGAGGAAUUAAGUGAUGAUGGCGAUGAUAUUCUGGAAGAACAGCAACUCGGUGUUAUCCCCGGUAUGGAGCUUGAAGGAGAGAAAAGGGUUAAACGAAAACACAAACAGUUGGCCGAAGAGGAUUUGAUUGAUGAUCGAGAGGAAAAGGAAGACAACACUGAAACAGAUAAAGCGAAACCGAAAAAAGGGCCUGUACUCAAUCUGGAGGGCAUUCGCUCAAAGAAAGAGUUGAAUCAUAAAUUAAAGCGCUACGCAAUGAAAUCUAUGAAGAAAAGCCAGGCCUUCCGGCAGAAAGCGCGUGUGCAUCAGCAGAAACAGCUUAAACAAUCCCGCCGCAUUCGGCACCAGAAGGAAAAGCAUAUGAAUCAAAAAAAGGGAUUUAAGAAGCACAAUAAUGCCGCCGAACGCAGAGAGCCCAGGCGAAAACGCAACGAUUGA